CUGAGUGAUAAAGGCAGAGUGGCGGCUCAGAAGAUUCUCGGUUCCGCGAAUCCGCUACCGUUGUCUUCGUCUAAGAUGCUGCGACAAAGUAUUGCGCUGUUGUCACGUCGACCCUUCCUUCUUGGCACCAGAGCAUCCGAGAUCUCCUCCACCUGUACCAAUGUGUAUUCAUCAUCAAUCGUCCAGCAUAGCCAGUUUUCGAAGUGGACAGCAAUCAAAAAGCCCUUGCGCUUGAUGCCAGUGGGCGGUUCCGUCACGUAUGGUGUUGGAUCCUCCAAUGGCAAUGGAUACCGACAAUUCCUCGGCGAUAUGCUUCGCGCUGACGGCUAUCAAGUCCAAUUCGUCGGCUCGCGCAGGUCAGGCUCCAUGACUAACGGCGACAACGAGGGUUGGCGGGGGUACAGAAUCGACCAGAUUGACAGUAAAGCAAGGAAAUGUGUGCCAACCCUAGCACCUCAAGUCUUCACUGUCAAUGCUGGAUCCAAUGACUGUGUUCAAGGCUUUCGAAUGGAGGCCCUCAGCGUCCGUAUGGAGAAUAUGCUCGAGUUCCUUUGGCAGGCAAAUUCCACCUCGGUUGUUAUCCUAUCAACCCUACUCGUGAACAGAGACAAGGACAUCAAUUCGCGAGUGAUGGACGCAAAUGACCAGUUUCGUAAGUUGACUGAGUUGAAAGCGAGGGAGGGAAAGAAGAUAGUGCUUGCAGAUAUGAAUAGCUCUGGAGGGCCUCAGCUUGAUGAUCUUGUUGAUGGCACGCAUCCUAGUGACUACGGGUACAAGAAGAUGGCAGCCAUCUGGUUUGACGCCAUCCGGCGGGCUCGCGAGAAAGGGUUUCUAUAG